GGGGGCAGACGCCCCCGACUUUUUUUUUGUGCUGCUGUGGAUUUUCACGCGUCUUAGUUUCUACUGACGUUUUCUCUCUCGUUUUUCCCUUUUCCCAAGUGCGAAUUUCCACUGUCACUUGAGCUGGUUCGCAAGUCGCCAUGGCAUUCUUUGCUAAGGCCUGUGUGGUUUUGACCAUUCUUCACUCUUUUGUAUUUGCUGCAGCUGUGCCUUCUGGCCCAAUUUUACCCCGUACACCAGAUGUGCCAUGGAAGAGCAGAGGGUUGAGCUCGAGGAAACCUCAGGGAUAUCCAACUGGCUGUACGAAUGGACCGAAGUCAAGAGGAUGCUGGGUGGAUGGAACCAGCAUUGAUACGGACUUCCAUAGGCAAUGGCCAAACACAGGCAAGACGGUGACAUACGAUUUCGAAAUCACAAACACCACUAUGGCACCCGAUGGUGUUGAGAGACUCAUGCUUGUAAUCAACGGGCAAUAUCCUGGACCAACGAUCGAAGCCGAUUGGGGCGACUACAUCAAGGUCAACGUGAAGAAUUCCUUGGAAUUGAACGGCACUGGCAUACAUUGGCAUGGCUUCCGCCAAGUAGGCACAAACGAGAUGGAUGGUGUCGGUGGAAUCACCGAAUGUCCUAUUGCGCCGGGCGAGACCCGGACCUACGAGUUCCAGGCAAUACAAUAUGGCUCUUCCUGGUAUCAUUCGCAUUACAGUGUUCAAUACGGCGACGGAAUCGUUGGAGGUAUCGUCAUCCAUGGCCCGGCAACCGCAAAUUACGACAUAGACCUUGGAUUGCUUCCUUUCACUGACUGGUUCCACACUCCGAUAUUCACGGUCAAUGCUGCUGCUCUCCAUGCUACCGGUCCUCCGAUCGCCGACAACGUCCUAGUAAAUGGAACCAUGACCUCGGGGUCAGGUGGUAGCUAUGCGGUCACGAAUCUGCAGCCUGGAAAGAAGCAUUUGUUGCGCCUGGUAAAUACAGGCAUCAACAACUGGAUUCAUGUCGGCUUGCAGGGACACGAAUUCACUGUCAUUGCUGCUGAUUUCGUCCCAAUUGAGCCAUUUACUGCGUCCACUCUAUCGCUUUCCGUCGGUCAGCGUUAUGAUGUCAUCAUAGAUGCAAGUCAGCCGGUCAAUGACUACUGGCUCUAUGUUGGUGUUGGCGGAAACAGAUGCGACGGCCCGAACACGAAUGCAGCCAACAUUAGGAGUAUUUUUCACUACGAGGGUGCCAAGCACCAGUCUAAUGCCUCUGCGGUCACGUUACCGGGUGGCUGUUAUGAUGAAGAGGGCAUCGUACCAUAUCACAAGAACACCGUGCCCCGGAAAGUGCCAAAGGAACUCAACACCGGUUUUACGACUACUGCUGCGGGCACCAAUCUCGUGCAAUGGCUCAUCAAUGGCGAACCCAUCUUAGUCGACUUCACGAGGCCCACAUUGAAGAACGUCAUCGACGGCAACGAUACCUUCAACACAAAAGAAAACCUCUUCACUGUUGGAGAUAAGAAUGAGUGGCAAUACUGGGUCAUCCAACAAGACAGCACGACUCCACCUCUGCCGCAUCCCAUCCACUUGCACGGCCACGACUUCUUCGUUCUCGACCACGCCGCGAACGCGAACUGGACAGGCGACAUUUCGCGCUUGAAGAUGGACAAUCCCGUCCGUCGCGACACGGCCACUCUCCCCGCAAGAGGGUACCUGGUCCUCGCCUUUGAGUCCGACAAUCCCGGAGCGUGGCUCAUGCACUGUCACAUCCCCUUCCACGUCUCCGCAGGCUUUGGACUGCAGUUCCUCGAAAGGGUCGACGAGAUCCCGGGGAUACUGAAGCACACGGAGAUCUUUGAGGAUCAAUGUGCGUCGUGGAAGGACUUCCAGACUGAGUUCUAUCCGAAUGGAUUUGAGCUUGGGGACUCCGGUCUUUAGAUAAUGUCGACGUCGACGACGAUGAUGAUGAUGACGGCUGUUCAUAUGUUUAUACCAUUUUAUUAAUGAAUAAUGUAUACAUACCGAAGGCACUUUUCACAUAUCCGACUUUUGACGUGUACUUUCUCCAAAGAAAUGGGGCUCACCCUCAGUCGCUGCCAGUCCCGAAAAAUCGCUGCAAGCAUGGGCACGCAAAGAUGGCCGGGGAGUGCGUGGAUACCCUACGCAGCCUUACUUUGGACCUGAAAUUGGAUGCUACUGGAAGACAGUGGAAUUGUUUCUGCACCCUCCCGUGCCUUUAUGCCGUGGCUGCAAGCCAAGCCAAGCUACCUGGUCAACCCUGUGGCGCACGCUCACUGCUCCGCGAAUUCCAACUCAUUGUAGGCACACAAUAUCUGCUAUCAGUGC